AUGCCUAGGAAUGACCCCAAUGCGCCUGCAAAGGCCUUGUCGUCGUUCAACUUUUUUGUAAAGCACAAAUCGAAUCAAAAUGUAUCAUAUGGCUUUCUUACAUUUGCCGAACGCAAUAAGAAACUGGGCAUUGAAUGGGGCUCUCUUCCAGAAUCUGACAAAUUGCCUUUCAUCAAGCUCGCAAUGGAUGACAGACUUCGCUACAAGAAGGAAAUGGAAGUUUAUAAGAAAUCAGCUAAUUACAAAAACUGGGUCGUUGCUCACAAGGGUACUUGCAAGAAAGAUAGCUCACUUAAAGCGAGAACUAAAUCGGGACGAGAUACUCAUCUUCCCAUCCCAAGCAUAACUGAUGAACAGUUCAGGCUUCCCAUUUUUGCCCCUGACUUUUUGGAAUUUAACAGAUUACGGGAAGCUAAAUUGCGAUCGUUAAGAAAACAG